AUGUUCAGCAUCAGGGAGGCUACGUCCCUCAGCAACAAGUCUUCGUUCCUCCCCAGCCUUACCCCCAUAGCCAACAUGGCAGUCCAUCGCCCAACGCCGAACAAUGCCACUGUCCCAACUGUGCCAGCCAUGGACAGGAUCGUUCAGCAUUCUGACGGACAAGGGGGUGAGAAGGGUCUGGGGUCAACGGUCAUCGGCGGCGCAGCGGGGGGGUAUGUGGCCCAUCAGAUGGGUGGAGGAAAGCUCGCUACUACCGGAGGUGCAGUCCUGGGCGCUGUUGGAAUUAACAUGGUGAAUCACAAACUAAACAAACCCAACCCUCCUCCACAGCAAGUCACUUAUGUACAAGCGGCUCCCGCUCCUGGGACAGUUCCGGUCAUGGUUGUCCCCGCGGACGGGGGUCUUGGUCUCGGUUCUGGUCUGGGUGUAGGCUCAGGUCUUGGACUUGGUUCCAGGUUAGGUUUCGGUCAUCUUGGUCGAGCCCAUCGGGUGAUCGGUCGUCGGCGCCUUGAAAUAUACUAA